GUAUAUUUCAAAGAGCCAAGCAAGGGGGAAUGUUGCUGUGUGAACAACGAAUCCGAGUCCGAGUAUUGCUUUCCAAUUCGCUAACUCUGAUUUCGCGGUUGUUAUCGUUGCCAUUGUUUUGCGACCUCCGUUAAGUUCUUCUUAGCCAUCGUUUUUAUUUUAGGGUUUCUAUCUUCUUCGAUGGCUGCCAAUUCGCACGGAGGUGGUUCCCCUUUUGGUCAUGCUGCCCCUUAUCGUUCAAGAGAGGGCCUCACCACGAGAUCAGUUGCAGGGUCGAAUGAAAUCCAAUUGCGUAUUGAUCCGAUGGACUUGGACGAGGAGAUCAGCGGUCUACGUGGCCAAGUUGGAAAACUGAGAAAUGUUGCUGAGGAGAUUGGGACAGAAGUUAAGUAUCAGAAAGAUUUUCUGGAACAGCUGCAAAUAACAAUGAUAAAGGCCCAAGCUGGGGUGAAGAAUAAUCUAAGAAGAUUGAACAAGAGCAUAAUCCAAAAUGGUUCAAACCAUAUUGUUCACGUAAUUGUCUUUGCUUUAGUCUGUUUCUUUAUAGUGUACCUUUGGUCCAAAAUGUCCAGAAAAUGAGGAGAGGGAGGUUUGGCUGUCUGGUGUUGUGGAUGAAGGACAUGACUUCAGGGGCUUCUUCGGACCAUGAGACCACCCUUAUGAUGCCUGAUUCUGUUGUAAAGAGUAUAGCUCUACAAUCCUUUAGAGUUUAUAGCUAAAUGUGUACCUGUAGAGCCCACAGUGAUGAGAAUGAUUAAUUUCCUGUGCUGUGCAUUGGGGGUGCGAAAACAAAAUUUCCUUUUGUAUGGCCCGUGAUUAUUUCUAUCCUGAGUAACGUUUUAUCUUAUGUACAGUAAAAUGUGAAUUUUUUUUUUCCUAAUCACUCA